AUGGCUGCCCCUGUUCUCCCUAGCCAGGACAACUUUAUGGGAGUUGCACUGGUCAUCAACCGCUCCAGAGACGGCCCUCGACUAGUUUUCCACUAUCCAAGACGAAAAGUUCUCCCAGCGGGGGUACCAGAAGUUGUCGAGGGAGAAGAAGAUUUGGACGACGACGAUGACAGAUAUGGUUGGCCAGAGGCAGGCGCCUCCUCUGUGAUGCAUGGCGCCGAAAUGGCACCGUGGAAUUAUGAUGACCACAUCUUCACUGAGAGCGGUACACAACUAGUACCCUGGGAAUAUGUGGCCGGCUACCCUACCAAAGACCUUGAGAACCUAUUGACACCAAACAGGGCAUACCACAAGAGGCUCUUUCGGGUAUCUCUGGACAAUAUUUACUGUGUCUCAUACCCCAUCUAUGUGCCUGAAAACGGCAUGUGGCAGAAGAAGAAGAGGAAAAAGAAGCAGGAGCAGGAGCAACACCAAGCCGAGUCUGGACCGGGUGCCAAAGAGGACGACGCACUACCCACCGAGACCGACACAGGCUUCAAGAGUGGUGAUAGGGUGGCAAGAGAUGGAGAGCCAUUGGGUGCCGGAGAUGCUGAGGGCAAAGAGAAAGCAGAAAAGGAAAAGAAGGCUUCUAUGACGAUGUUCAACUUGGUCUUCUUUCUUAGACCAAAGAAGCAUGAGGCCAAGGACUUGGUCGACAUCAUGUACACCAACAUCAUCAAGAAGAUCAACAAAGCAUACAAGUAUUGCCAGGAACGCAGCGACUUUGUGUGGAAAGAAUCCAAAAAGAUCCUAACUCUGAAGGAUAAAGGUCGCGAGGAGAGAAGAAAAAUGAGCUUGCUGUGGGAUGAGAUCUUGUCGACUUCAUCGCUGGCAGCGUCUAUGCGCGAUCUCUACGAAGCCGUAUCCCAGAACAGAAUUGCUGCUUUACAACUGUGCACAGCCGAGGGGAUGGUGACCCAUUCGGUCCAGAUUCCUGUCCCAUUCCAUGUCUCUGACCUCCCAGACAAUGGAGAGGCAAGUCAGCCAGGCUUGUGGUUAAGUACUGCCAAUACGCUGAUGAGUGACGAUGCGGCGGAAGAACCUGGGUUCUUGGACAAGAACUUUGCUCUAUUGCUUCUGGUGGAUGAGAAACGUAUCAUCACUGAGCUACAAGACGACCCGGACGAGACAACUUUGGCCAUGAUUGAGUUUGUGAGGCAUUGCAAGCCAACUUUGUCGUUCUACCAAGUUGGCCAGCAAUCUAGUAAUGUUCUGUCGCCAACACAGGUUCGCAAGUUCGCCCAGCACUUCAUCUUUUGGCGCCGAGCCAUCGCCAUCCCGCCACUACACGCACGAGACAUGUACAUCGUGAGCCCGAACUGUGACAUGCGCAAGCUACCCCAAGCAGCCGCCCAUUGGGCCCGCCAGUUCCCUCUCGUGCCGGCCCUUCCCAGCUUCCUCGCCGAGCUGAGCGUUGCCCCCCGUCCAUAUAAGCUGCACUGCCCGAGUAAGGCUCACCGUCCAACUUACAUGGCCAUGCUCGCCUGGCUAAUUCGCGGCGGCUGGGUAACCCAAAUCUGCACCUUUGCCUACGUCGUUGUCUGGCCCGAGAUCAUCUACGAAGUCGAACACGCCCUCGAAGCCGAGCAGAUUGCCAAGGAAAAGAAAGCCCAAGCCAUGGGCCGUGACGCAAACAGCAUAGAAAGCGACGACGCAGCCACCAUCAUCUCUCCCACAGCAGCAGCCCUGAGCGACCCCUCCCUCUCCGGCUUCCUCCCCCUGCUCAACGACGACAAUACCCCCUCAAGUCCCUCGCCCAACAACCCCAUCGCCCACUCAGUAACCUUCACCGACCUCCCCCUCCCCCUAUCCCACUCCCAAUCCCUAACCAACGUCCAAAAAGCCGCCUGGUCCACCACCUCCCCCUCCCCCACCUCCCCUAGGAACCAUCACCACCGCCACGCCCUCGUGGGCAGUCAUCAUCAACUCGGCCACCAAUCCCCCGUAACAACCUCCACCUCCAACCUCGACCUAAAAUCCCUCUCCCUCCGCUCCCAAGCCUCCCCCUCCACCCCCUCCCUCUCCUCCAGCCAAAACUCUGGCGGCGGCGGGGGAACCACCACACGAGCAGAAGAAAUCGCCGAAAAAGCCCGCCUCUCCCGCAUCGCCUCGCGAGCAGCCCACGAUCUAGCAGAGAGAUCCAUGCUCCACGCCCGCAAACCCGUUCCCAUGGCCACCUCCCACCCAAGCGUCAACCACGCCCGUCAUCUGGAGGCCAUGACCCCUUACAUCAUCCUCGAUGCGAAGAAAGCUACCGGAAAGGAAAGUUUAUACCUCAGCGCGAUAGGGAAACGGUUCAAGGAGCGGGCGGCAGAGGCGAAAGCUGCCAGGAGGGCGAGGGAUGGUCAGCAGCAGCAGAAGACCGGGAGUGAUACUAAGAGUAUGGCUAGUUCUGGUGGUGGGAGGAGUAGUAAUAUAGGAGGUAAACCUCACAUUGGUGGUGGUGUUGGUCAACAGCAGCAGCAAGAGUGGGAGGAGAGGGUGGCCGAUGCCUGGCCCAUGUUCCUCAAGUACUUCAACGGGAGGUCGGCGCUCGAGAGAAUCGCUCUGCAGGAGGAGAUGAAGAGGAAGGAUGUCUGGAAUUUGUUGACGGCUAUGAGCGAGUACUUGCUUACUGUUCGUCACUGGUGA